GGGCGGCCGGAGCGCGGCGGGCGGAGCGCCAGGCCGGCCAUGGCCACUACCAGCACUACGGGCUCCACCCUGCUGCAGCCCCUCAGCAACGCUGUGCAGCUGCCCAUCGACCAGGUCAACUUUGUAGUGUGCCAACUAUUUGCCUUGCUAGCAGCCAUUUGGUUUCGAACUUACCUACAUUCAAGCAAAACUAGCUCUUUGAUAAGACAUGUUGUUGCCACCCUUUUGGGCCUUUAUCUUGCACUUUUUUGCUUUGGAUGGUAUGCCUUACAUUUUCUGGUACAAAGCGGAAUUUCCUACUGUAUCAUGAUCAUAAUAGGAGCGGAGAACAUGCACAAAUAUUGUUUUGUGUUUGCUUUGGGAUACCUCACAGUGUGCCAAAUUACUAGAGUCUAUAUCUUUGAUUAUGGACAAUAUUCUGCUGAUUUUUCAGGCCCAAUGAUGAUAAUUACCCAGAAGGUCACUAGUUUGGCUUAUGAAAUUCAUGAUGGGAUGUUUCGAAAGGAUGAAGAACUGACUCCAUCACAGAGAGGUUUAGCUGUAAGGCGCAUGCCAAGCCUACUGGAGUAUUUAAGUUACAACUGUAACUUCAUGGGUAUCCUGGCAGGCCCACUCUGCUCUUACAAAGACUACAUUACUUUCAUUGAAGGCAGAUCAUACCAUAUGACAAAAUCAGGAGAAAAUGGAAGAGAAGAAAUACAGUAUGAAAGAACAGAGCCAUCUCCAAAUAUCGCAGUCAUUCAGAAGCUCUUAGUCUGUGGACUUUCCUUAUUAUUUCACUUGACCAUCUCUAAUGCAUUAUCUGUGGAGUAUAACAUCGAUGAGCAUUUUCAAGCUACAGCUUCAUGGCCGACAAAGGUUGUCUAUCUGUAUGUCUCUCUUUUGGCUGCCAGACCCAAAUACUAUUUUGCAUGGACAUUGGCUGAUGCUAUUAAUAAUGCUGCAGGCUUUGGUUUCAGAGGAUAUGACAAAAAUGGAGCAGCUCGUUGGGACUUAAUUUCCAAUUUGAGAAUUCAGCAAAUAGAGAUGUCAACAAGUUUCAAGAUGUUCCUUGAUAAUUGGAAUAUUCAGACAGCUCUUUGGCUCAAAAGGGUGUGUUAUGAACGAGUCUCCUGGAGUCCAACUAUCCAGACAUUCAUUCUCUCUGCCAUUUGGCAUGGGGUAUACCCAGGAUAUUAUCUGACAUUCCUAACAGGAGUGCUGAUGACUUUAGCAGCGCGAGCUAUGAGAAGUAACUUCAGACAUUAUUUCAUCGAACCUCCCCAACUUAAAUUAUUCUAUGAUGUUUUAACAUGGAUAGUAACUCAAAUAGCAAUAAGUUACACAGUUGUGCCAUUUGUACUUCUUUCUAUAAAACCAUCAUUCAUGUUUUACAGCUCCUGGUAUUACUGCCUUCACAUUGUUGGUAUCUUAGUAUUAUUGUUGUUGCCAGUGAAAAAAACUCAAAGAAGAAAGAAUACGCAUGAAGAUGUUUGGCUGUCACGAUCCAAAAAGUUUGAUGAAGGAGAAAAUUCUUUGGGACAGAAUAGUUUUUCCACAACAAACAAUGUUUGCAAUCAGAAUCAAGAAAUAGCCUCCAGACAUUCAUCAUGAAAACAACAAUGCGGAAACACUUUGAUGGCUAUUUUUUGUAUGUUAACAGAAACCAAUCUUAGCACCUUUUCAAGGGGUUUGUGUUUGUUUGAAAAGAGAUUUAUUUGGGGAAACGGACAGUUGUAGAUAGGGAAUUUCCUGUAUACAGAGGGGAAAUGGAGUGAAAGAACCCCUUCCAUGCCAUGUCCCUGUGGGCCACGCCUUAUAUAAAAUAUUUCCAUUAUUUCAGUGGGCACUCAGGACCUCAGCAUAUGUCCAUAGGAUCAUAUGUGUGCCCUGUUGCUGAAUGUAUGUUGCAUAUCCCAAGGCGCUGAAGAGGUGGAAAAAUAAUUGUCAGUCUGGGUGAUUGAGAGAAAUUAAUUUUUCCAAAUGAGUGUCUUGCCUUAAACCCUCUAUUUCCUAAAAUAUUGUUCCUAAAUGGUAUUUUCAAGUAUAAUAUUGUGAGAACACUAUUUCAAUAUUUGAUAUUGUGUGCUAUAAAGGAAUUCUGGAGGAAUUUGAAACAGGAUAUUUAAGAUUGUGGAUAGUUUAAAAAUGCAAUAAACAUCUCAGUAUUGGAAGGGUUUUCUUAAAGUAUGUCAAAUGACUACAGUACGUAGUGAAACUGUAAACAGUAAUGGAUGCCAAAUUAUAGGUAGCUUAUUUUCUUGGAGAGGUUAAUUACCUUGUGUCAGUCAGAGAACCCUUCAAGGAAGAAUUUCUUAAACAUAAUUAAAGGUUGGCAGUUGGAUAUUUUAAGCUUAUUUUCUUAAAAAGAGAGAGAGAAGAUGACAAAGACAGGAAGGAAGGCAUGAAUGUAGAAAGCACUGUGUGGCCUGGAGCUAGAGCCAGUGGCAGCUGUCACGGGGCACAGGUGCACAGUGCAGGGACCAGGUGCUCAGCAGAAGCGCUUUCCACCCUUAUUUAUCUGAGUUCUUUGUGAUUAUGUGAGACAUAAAAGUUUAAUAACUUUUUAAUAUGUUGGACUUUUAAGUGAAAUUUAUCAAGCAUAAAUUAUAUGGAAUUAUAAAGAGAUUAUGAAAAUAAUAGUGGUAGAUUGCUUGAAGGUUUUGAAAGAGAAAUCACUGAGUAAGGUUGCUAACUGGCUAAUCACUUUCUUAUCCUUGACAGUUUAAUUCAUAUUUGGGAAAGUUUUAGGGAAAUGAAAACUUAAAGUCAUUGGGUCUGAACCACAUUUUCAAAGAAUAUAAAUUAGUUUUCAAACUCUUAACUUCUCACAUUAAAAUUUUGCUGUGAAUUCUCGUUAAUGAAUUUUAGAUUCUGUCAAGUAGAAAAUUCUAUCUUACAGGCCAUUUUCACCAUAAUUAAUCUCACCUUGAAUUAUUAGGUAUCUCCUUUGAUCCUGCAGAGUCUUGUGAUGGCUACAAUAGCGGAAAGCAGAAGAGUGGGAUGUGGGAUGUGAGGCCAGCCUGGCGUCAGGGCCUCGGGCACAGUUAUAGAUCAUGGGCUGGGAGAGCGACCGGUGGGCAGGGCCUUCUGACUUCACCUUUAUUUGACCAAUCCUUUAUGAAAUUUAUUUUCUUUUUGCCUUAAAUUUUUUAAUGAAAUGCAAAUUGUCUGUCUAUGAUGAGUCUCUUUUUUUUUAUUUUUGUCAUUAAUAAAUUUGCAAAUGAAUUUAAGGACAGAACAACUGUCUGGUUCAAGCUAUGUGGUAUUUCAUUUAAAGAAGAUGAGAAAAGCACAUGGACUUGGAGCUUUUGAGGUCUUCAGCAAAAAUGUCAAUGUAUCUUUUUAGAACUUUAGAAAUAUCCUAGUCUUUGUUUAUAUGAAAUGUUUUUAUUUUUCUGAAGGUAAAUUUUUUCCACCUGAUGAAGUUAGCCUUGCCCUGUUACCUCCCAGGAAAGGAUAGAGAGCUAAAUAACUUUUCUGUGUUUUCUCAUGUGUGGAAAUUAAGCUAGCUGUGUAAUGUGAGAGGAUAGAAAAGAAUAAUCAUGGAAAGUAUCAGCCCCCCAAAAUGUCUCCUCAGUUUAAUUAAUGCUGCAGAGAAUCUGAUCACUAUUAAGGAAAAGUAAACAAAUUUAGAGUUUAAAAGACAAAUCUAGGCAUGUUGUAAGUGAAAACAAGAAAGCUUAAUAAAGACUUUGUUUUUGUUCAGUCUAUGUAGCUAUUUACAAAUAAUCACCAUUUAUUUCUAUUAUUGGACUGUAUUUUAUUUCUCAGCCUGUAAACCUAAAAUCACUGUUACCUAUUUCUUGUUUGGUGAGUAUAAUCAUAGCCCUACCAUCCAGAAAGCAAUAUGAUUGGUGAAUUCUCCAGUUACUUUGAAGAUAAUACAUUAUAUAGACAGUUUGACUCAUUUUCAUCCCCUGGAUAACUAUUUUUUUGUAUGAAAUAUUUUUUGGAUAGCUUUUCUCUAAUUUUGGAGGAAGUGUAAUCACAGGUAUGCAAUCUGGAAGAAAAACUAAAGAAAUAAUUCUAAUUCUCAGCUUGACUUUCUCAAGAAGAAACUUUUUGUGCUUUAUAGAAUGAGUAUAUCUACUUGGAGUGUUGUAAGGAUUAAUACUUUACUUCUACUUAUAGUAGAAAACUAGUAUAUCUCUACUACUGUUAAGUAUAAAGGGAUUGCUUCUUCUUUCUUAAUCAAUAGUAUAGGAUUCAGUCCGUAUUUAUACUAUUUCUCCACUCUCCAGUUGUCAUGAAACCACUUGUGAGAUGAUCAGUCAACAUCACAUUGAUAUUUUUGGUUAAUUAUUAUACUACUCAGGGAAAAAAUGAACAAAAAUAAUUAUUCUUCCCUCAGUUUCAUUUUCUUGAAACAAUAGCACUUUGAUGUAUCUCAGCUGUCACCCUUUUACAAGUGGCUUAGUCUUGGUUUUUAAAAUAAGCAUUUUUAUUGGAACUCAGGGUAAUUGGGGAAAUUUAUUUGGCUUUUAAAAUGUCUAGCAUGAUAGAGAAGGUUUAUUUGGCUUCAAAAAUGUCCAGCCACCACUUAAGCUGCCACCAUACUUUGUGUUAAAAAGUAUUUUUGUUAUUGAUCCCCGCCAUGUGUGACAUUCCCAUACAGGAUUUCCAGAUACCAGUUUUGAGAAAAAUUUGUGGUGAAGAGAAUGGUUCUAAAAAGUGAAGGUAACUUACAUUGAAGCGCUAAUUGUCCUGGGAGGAGACCUGGAUCUUCAUCUGGCUCAGUCAUUAAUGAGCCUUAUGUCCUCUAGAGGAAAGUUCCUUAAUAAGCCCAAAGGGUCAGUUCUAAAAGUUUAUGACCAGUAAUGAAUGGAAGCCUCAGUAAGAUCUGUAAGAGUCACGGACCAGGGCAGGUUCAUAACCAGGACUGUUAUCAUGGUCAUUUACUUUUAUUACUUGGGCUCAAAGCCCUGACUUUUCUAAAGGUGUUCAUAGCAACAGAGGAAGGAAAACUUUUCAGUCCAUUAAAUCAGAAGGCGUGGCGGCACCCCAUUUCUACUGGAGAUAGCCCUUAAAAUAAAUCUUGCGUAAUGACAUUGUCUCUACUGAAGAAAACGUAUUGUACUUUUGCUUUCUCUGCUUUUUUGGUUUUUGUUUGUGCUUUGUAAAACUGAAGAAGAUAUAUGCUAAAAAAUGCUUUAUACAACUUAGCAACUUUACUGGACAAGGUUUACCACCAUACAACUUCUCAAAUAUUAUUUUAUUCAAAGAAAUUUAAAGCAUAUUUAAUUUAAUUAUACUUAUUUUAAACUAUAGAAGAAAUUACUUUAAAAUUUUGCCAUUAAAAUAAUUACAAAAUUUAUACUUUUAUUCGAGGACUAGAUUACACUUAGGACAAAAAUCUUUCCUAUUUAAAAUUCAUACCGUGUAAAUUUUAAUUUGUAUCUUCAUGAACAACUCUGGACGUUUAUACUUUUUUGUUUCCUUAUUAUAAAUUGUUCAAAACUAUUAGUUAAUUGGUUUUAAGAGUUCUACAUUGUAAGUGAAAGAAAAAAUUACUUGAGAGAAUAAUUGUUUCGGAAUGGUGCCUGUUAUUGCUGUGGCAGCGAAGGAUUUGUCCAGAGUUUUAGAUACAAACCAGUAUUUUGUAGAGUUUUAUUCAGCCACUAAUAAUCCAUCCUGGCUGAAAUUGAAUAUAUCAGAUUUAACAUAGGUGCAGAAUUCUAAAUAACACUGUGAAAUGUAAUCUUCACUGCCCUCAAGGAGCUUAUAAAGCUGUUACUCUAACCCAGUAUGCAUUUAAUGAAUGGCUGAUUGUUUCUACACUUAUCUUAGAUGUUGAAAGUUCUGCUUUACAGCCCUUCUUUUGUAAAAGUGAGUUUGUAUCAAUGCAUGCUCCUAAUGCUGAAGGAAAAGAUUUGCAUUUAAAAAAAGAAAUUCCACUCUGAAGUUGGGUUUGGAAGAUCAGAAUGCAGAGGGUCUCUACCGGGUUUUCCUGCAGCGCCAGGUGGUCAGACCUGUUACUACCUGAGAGAUAGUAACUCUCAUCACAGAAGAAAAUUUUAAAUGAGAUUUUCCAUGUUGGUAUUUUGUAGGAAUGCUCUUAUAAUCUAUGACUAAGCUGCUUUUUGAGGCUCUUGUUGUACAGAGGAUGCAGCCAAUUACAUUUUAAUUGAUGGGCUGUUUAAUAAUGUUUUUAAAUAAUAUUUAUUUUAAUACAUUUUUAACAUUAUGCAAACCCUGGUAAAGAACUGACAAGCUCUAUAGGUGAUUGAUUGGGAAGACUUUCUGAAAUGGAGCCUAAAGACACAUUUAUAUGCUGCGCAUUUAAAACUGAUUAUAACUACAGUCAUGUGCUGCAUAACGAUCAAAGCUGGACCACAUAUCCGAUGGAGGUCCCAUAAGAUUAGUACCAUAUAGCCUAGGUGUGUAGGAGGCUGUAUCAUCUAAGUUUGUGUAAGUACACUCUAUGAUGUUCCCACAACGACGAAAUUGCCUAAUGAUGUGUUUCUCAGAAUAUAUGUCCAUCGUUAAGCAACAUGUGACUGUAUCUUCUUUUAGUACACCUUUUAUAAUGCAAAAAAAAAAACAAAAAAAACAAAAACUAUAUGUUCUAUAAAUAAUAGUAUAAAAAUCCAUGCAAAACCACUGUCUAAAGCUUGCUCAAUGAUGCAUAGCCAUCUCCUCAGUCAUGUUUUAUCAAAUUGUUCUACUAUAAAAAGAAAUGGAAAUAUAAUGAAAAGCUGAAAGGUACAGAGCAACAUAAGUAGAAUGACUAACCAUUUUCUUAAUAAUGUGUUUGAAGUGGAAAAAGUGACUGGCUGCCUUUUACUGGAGUCAUAAAUGACUGUAUCCUGCCCAGUCUCUUAUUUUGGGGUAACUUCUUUGAGAAAUUGAUUUGUUAAUAUUCCUUUUAAUCCUUUCCCACUAAAGGACAAACACAUCUAAAGAGUUUGACAGACUUUUAAAAUAUGCCUCUUUCCAGAUUUUAAGUAUUUUUGGUUUUGUGUAUAUGAAUUUGUCAAUGAAGUUCAUUUGCUCUUGACUUUUUAUCACAAGGAGAGAGGAAUCAAACAUCCAACACAAAUGUGUUCCAAGCCGUCUUCUCUGUCUUCCGUCACCCAUAAGCAACUGCCUCUCUGAACCAGAAGGGGUGCUGUAUAAAGCAAUAGGAGUGAAAGUAAAAAUAGUUUAGGUGAAACAAGAGAAACUCUUCUGCAUACGUACAGAGUGAAAAUGUGUGGUUUCAUUCCUGCCUUCCUUUGAAAGUUGUGUCUUGCUCUCUGCCCAGGAGUAGUUGAACAUUGUUACCCAAACGUGAGCAGGGUCCCAACUCCAGCAGCCAGUAUUUAUAGUCCUCAUUUGCCUUCCCUGGGUGAGAACAGAAUGUGGUGUUCUGUGCUUUUUGUUUUUAUUAUUCCAAAAUAUUUUUUUAAAGAAGUGUUAUUUUUCAACAGGUUCAUAAAUUAGUUCUUGUUGUAUGGUAAAUUAAAACUACCACUGUGUCAGUUACACUGUGAUGUGAUAAUCUCAUAACCACUCAUUUCUAGUCUGUGUCCUUAGAGCUGCACUGGUGGCUUAUUGCUGGGUUUUAAAGAUGUUUUUAACUUACGUGUAAAUGUUUUUUUUCUAGUUUGUGUGUCUUUAAAACUGAUUAAACAGUAGUUUAAAAAUA